CAAACGCGUCUUGCUCCACUUGUUGGGGGGCCCGGGGCAACCUGCAGCCACCCCGGCCAUUCCACAACGCUAACAGAUGUGGGAGAGAGGGAACAGACGAACAAACAGAGACAUGCUGUGCAGUGCCACAAACCAUUGAUUGACCAACCUAAUAUCAACAACACCUCAACACUAUCCCAAAUCGACAACUCCGAAUAUACGCCGAUCGAAAUGCCAAUGUAACGAAUCCAAUAUUACAACCAUGAAGCGCCGUUUUGGAACUGCAGACCUGGAAUGGCUGCACCCCGACAACUUCUGCGACGAGCCGAUUUACUGCGAACCCCCUCAGAAUCCCGACGAAAUCCUCUACCAUGGCUCAGACGAUGAGGAAUACAGCAGCCCCACCGAGCGCCGUCUUCGCUGCGAAACUCAGGCAGAGCGCUUCCUCGAGGGAAAGCCGGUAUUUUUACUGUCGGCCUCCUUGCGUGGACCGUUCAACAGGGAAUCCGGCUGGGUGAAUCCAUGGCGUUCUAAAUCAGCUUCCCGGGAAAAGACAGCUCGGAGGAAAAGACUGGCAGCAUCGAGGGGAGGCGCACCGCAAAUCGAUCCAAGCGGCCUCUUCGACUCAAGCAGCUUUCGACAACCCACCCCAGAGCGUAGGCCCGCGCCCCCUGAAAUUACCUACACACUCCCGCGGUAUAUGGAUGGCGAUGCUUUCUACAGGGUACGGACAUGGCGGGACAAUGUGGUUGCUGAAAGCGAUGCCCCUACGAGCUCCAUCCGGCAGGUGUCGCAGUCGGAGCCUGCUUCGGCCGACUCGAGGAGAGCAACACAACAAACCUAUAGGAGACAAUCCGACAUGACGAUGGACACUCCAAAGGAUGCGCCUGCGAGCUCUGGGCCGCCCUUAUGGGUUAAGACCGGGCCUGUUGUUGCUCCAAACUACGCCCAAAUCAACCAAGGCAGCCCUAGUUCCAGUCUCUCAUCGCCACCAAUAAGCCUACUGGAGCCGUCAAGUCCUUCUUUGCGCCCUGUCAGGACUCACCAGCAUUUAAACCCGCCCGCGAGAACAUAUUUAUAUCCGUCAACGGAGCGGUCUUCCUCAUCGAAGCCACCAGCCGCUAAUGGAUUGGGGGACGGUAACGCCACACCCAACGGUACCCUCUUGCACGCAACCGCGUCUUCUGCCCAGAUAAAGACGCAGGCGAGCGCCCGGACGGAUGGGAGCUUUCGAUACAGGCGCAAGGACGCCAGGGGGGAAAAGUUGUCCUCGGGCAGGAGUAAGCUGGCGCAUCCCCUAUCAGCGCCGAGCGAUACGGCAGAGCGCCAAAACCCUAGCGACCGAUCAUCCCGGACAACAAGUACGGCGGCAGAUAAAGAAGCACCGGGGCCGGGUUUUGCCAGGGCGCCUUCAGUCGAUGCUGCAACCAUCAGUCCGGAUACCGUUGUAAAGCUUGAGGAAGUUCAAGAGCAAGGCAUACAUGAAGACGCGCCUCAAACUGAAACUUCCCAACAAUUUCUGCAACAGGCCGAAGAGGCAGCUGAUCGGAGUCAAAGUCAGAGUCAGAUCAAGGACGAGGAUAUGACAGAGACUGCCUCGCAAAUUGACGGACCCACGCUGGUUCCUUCGGCAUCCCCGUCCAGCUCAGAGCACCCCAGCAUGCCCAGCUUCGGACACUUUUCAGCAGAGAAGCUCUCGCAGGACAUCAUCUCAGAAGCUGUUGGAAUGCCCCGAAGGUUACUUUGGCCCAACCAGCGGCGGAAUGCUGGAAGGGGCGACUUCCUCCCCGUCGUUAAACGGGAAUCGAUCCAUACUCCAGCGCCGGCUCAGUCGGACUCUAGGUCUGGGCGUUCCCACUCGGUGUUGUCGAAUCGUUCGAUUCAAACUAAGGAAUGCAUACACCCAUUCGAAGAAGCCGAGGUCCCCCAAGAGUCAACAGACGAGAUUAAUAAUCGCAUUCAAGAGAACUCCUCCGUGGUUGAUAAAGUGGUUGUGGAAGUGGGAGGCGUUGCUGUGGAAAUGAAGACAGAUAGCGAAACAGCAAGCGAGGCCGAAGACGAGGAUACACCUGGGACGGAGGAGCUGCAAAUUGAAUCACCCGCUGAUUCUGAUCCCAGGGGAAACAGAGACGAACACAUGCAACCCGCCUCCUCUUGUCCACCUCCAGAAAUUCAAAGCCCGUGGGCAACCGACGACGCACCGCUCCGUCCGAGAUCACACAACUCCCUGCCACAAAAUACCGAGGACACAGGAACAGUGGACACCCAACCGAACUUGCUCAAGUCCACCCAGAGUCCGUGGACUAAGACAGUUGAUGACGUACCUGGCGCCUUAGACAUCCCCACACCACUCCCUCACCCCCACCACGCGAAGACAAGACUAUCCUUCAUGGCAAGCCAGACAAUUGAGCAAAAGGCAACACAAAGUCCCUGGGCACGAGGCGAUUCGCAGAUGCAGCUGCCGGAGGUCCGGCUGUUCAACCAUCUGUCCUCACCCGCCAACAGUCACGUACUACCCACCGCGGAUCCUGUACCUCACCCCCAAGUAACCCACGGCGAGGACAUCGACAUGUGCGAUUCCCAACCAUAUCCUCACCCCCCAUCGACCCCUGAGACAAAGCAAUCCAGCCUCCCAACACCUGAUUUCACCCUCUCCGUCAAGUCGUUCAAGAACUUCAUGACUCCCUCCCCACAACCCGCUGCAAAACGGCGCCGCAUUUCGACCGCGACCGACGGCUACCUACCCAGCACCCAAGCGCUCGUCGACGCAACCAUCUCCAACCCAUGGACCCGGCCGCCCACGGUAAAGGCAACAAAAUACAAGCCAACACUAAAACAAUCACGACAACACUGCGCAACAAAACACGUUUCUUGGGCCCCCCUCCCGAACGAAGCAGAACCCUCACCCUUCCUCGACCCAGACAUGCCAACAACCACCACCACCACCACCACACCCUCCACCCCCAGCACCAACAACCCCCUCCCCCCAUCCUCAUCCUCGCAGCAAACCAACCCCCAACCCAAGCGCAACAACAACCCCACCCACCGCCCGCGCGCAACCUCCCCCCCGCCCAGCAUCCUCUCCACCGCCAGCCUCCCCGCCGCCAACCAAAAGUUCGGCCGCCACUUUGCCGCCGUCGCCGGCAGGCGGGUCGGCGCCACGCCGCUUCUUCAACGGCUUACUGCCGCUGCUACUGUUACUGCGCUUACUGCGGGCGGUGCUGCUACUCCCCGUACUGGUGGUGGUGGGAAGCGGGCGGGUUGUGGCGGGCCGAUGGUGCGGUUGUUGCCGAGCGCGUCGCAGCAGGUUUGUGAGAGCCCUGGGGUGGAGGCGAUGGCGGAGGCGUUUUUGAGGGCGGAGGGGGUUGUGGAGGGUGGUGGUGGUGAUGUUAGUGGUGGUGGUAGUGGUGGUGGUAGUGGUGGUGGUGGCGAUGGGGAUGGAGAUGGAGAGUCUGGGGUGGUGUUUGAAAAGGGGGUGGGUGAGGUUGAGUUGGAAGGGGCGAGUGUGGAAAAGGGUGCUGCAGCGGGCGAGAGUGAGGAAGUUGAAGGAGGGGAGAUGGAGGAAGAGGCAGAGAUGGAAACUCAGGAGGAAGUAAAAGAGGAGACGCAAGAGGAGAUGGUGGUUGAUGAAGUCAGUGCGGUGAUGGAGAACUUGGAUGAUUUUCUCGGGGGGACCUGGGAUCUCGAUGCUGACCUUGCCAAAGCGAGGACAGAACAAGCAAGGGAGAGUCGGGAACAUGUUAGUAUGGACAGUGACGGGCCUAGGCUGUCAGGGUUGAUGGAUGUUGGUGUUUGGGACUGAGAGUUCUCCAGGCAUGGCUCUCUCUAUGUUUGCUGGGUGGUUUGGUUUGGAGCUGGUGUUUAUUGUUAUUAUACCCUGGAAGGUCGGCGAGUCGAAGCAUAUAUGAGAGGGCGUUGAAAGGUUGAGUUGUUUCAACAAUACGUUCAGUUUAUCCUAAAGUGAGACCCUGUAUUCACAUGUGGC